CUUUGUAUUGUUACUCCAAGGCCUCAGCAUCUGUCCGGAUUGGAGAUCAUUCGAGAUCUAUGUGGGGGCAAGCUGGAAGGCGGAGAAAUUGGCUCAACAGAAAUAACCUUCACUCCUGGGAAGAUCAAAGGUGGAACCCACAUAGCAGAUACAAAAACAGCAGGGAGUGUGUGUCUACUGAUGCAGGUAGCAAUGCCCUGUGUGCUGUUUGCUGCUUCCCCAUCAGAACUUCAUUUAAAAGGUGGGACUAAUGCUGAGAUGGCUCCUCAGAUAGACUACACAGUCAUGGUUUUCAAGCCAAUAGUUGAAAAGUUCAAUUUCACAUUUAAUUGUGACAUAAAAAAGAGGGGCUACUAUCCUCAGGGAGGUGGUGAAGUUGUAAUCCAGAUAUCACCAGUCAAAGAGUUGAGCCCAAUAAACUUAACAGAACGUGGCACAGUGACAAAGAUAUAUGGAAGAGCAUUUGUUGCUGGAGCGCUACCUAUAAAACUGGCAAAAGACAUGUCGGCAGCAGCAGUGCGAUGCAUCAGAAAAGAAAUCAGAGAUCUUUACAUUAACAUUCAGCCUGUUCGAGAACCUGACGAUCAAGCCUUUGGGACUGGAAGUGGAAUAAUCAUUGUUGCAGAGACUUCAACAGGUUGUUUGUUAGCUGGGUCAUCACUUGGGAAGAGAGGAAAGAAUUCUGACAAGGUUGGCAUUGAAGCAGCUGAGAUACUGCUUAGGAAUCUUAAACAUGGCGGAACUGUGGAUGAUUCUCUGCAAGACCAACUGAUCGUUUUUAUGGCACUAGCAAAGGGGGUGUCUAGAGUGAAAAGUGGACCAAUUACACUUCAUACUCAAACGGCUAUACACUUUGCGGAGCAGCUAACAAAGGCCAAAUUUACUGUGACAAAAUCAGAAGAGGAAGAUCCCAGUAAAGAUACCUACAUCAUUGAGUGCCAAGGAAUGGGGAUGAUAAACCCAAACUUAUAGGGUGUAAAAAAAAAAAUAAAAUAUGGCAGCAAGCUGACAAAAGCAAAACUGAACAUACCUCAAUGAUGUAUUGCACUACAUUUCAGUGGAUUUAUAAUAUGCAUGUGAACAGGAGGACCCUUCUGUCACAUCUGAGUUAUUUAACUUCAAGGAUGAUAAGGAUGAUGUUGAGUUUUUCCUUGGUGUGCUGAGAAUCUGUGGUCUGGAAACUUAAAAUUUUUUUUUUUUUUUAGCAGCAAAAUGAGUGCAGACAGGACAGCAAAUAGAAUAUGUUGUAUGUA